AUGCCUUCAACACAUAACGUAGACAAGCCCUGGGACACAGACGACAUUGACAAGUGGAAGAUCGACGACUUCAAGCCCGAAGACAACCUGGGCGGCACCUUCAGCGAAGAAUCCUCCUUUUCCGUUCUCUUCCCCAAAUACCGCGAAACCUACCUCAAGGCAUCAUGGCCCCUCAUCACCCGCUCCCUGGAAAAGAUAGGCGUGGCCUGCACUCUGGAUCUGGUCGAGGGCAGCAUGACGGUCAAGACGACGCGAAAGACCUACGAUCCCGCCGCCGUACUCAAAGCCCGCGACCUCAUCAAGCUGCUCUCUCGUAGCGUCCCCGCACCCCAAGCCGUCAAGAUCCUCGAAGACGACAUGGCCUGCGACGUCAUCAAAAUCAGAGGUCUGGUACGCAACAAAGAGCGCUUCGUAAAGCGCAGACAACGCAUCCUGGGUCCCAACGGCAGCACCCUCAAAGCCCUCGAACUCCUCACAUCCUGCUACAUUCUGGUCCAAGGAAACACAGUCUCUUGCAUGGGCGGCUACAAAGGCCUCAAAGAAGUCCGCCGCGUCAUCAUGGACUGCAUGAACAACAUCCACCCAAUCUACCACAUCAAAGAACUCAUGAUCAAGCGCGAGCUAGCCAAAGACCCGGAACUCGCAAACGAAAACUGGGAUCGCUUCCUCCCUCACUUCAAGAAGAGAAACUUGUCAAAGAGACGUGUUCCUCAUGUCGUCACAGACAAGACGAAGAAGACAUACACGCCAUUCCCUCCCGCCCAAGAAAAAUCAAAGGUGGAUCUGCAAAUCGAGAGUGGAGAGUACUUUUUGUCAAAGCAGGCAAAGGAGAGACAAGAAAAGCAAGCGAGAGAGGACGCCAUGCGCGAAAAGAUGGAUCAAAAACGUUUGGCCAGGCAAGCAGAUUACAUUGCUCCCGACGAGCCUGGCGAGGAAGAAGCCGUCGCCAAGAAGGAGAAGAAGGAGAAAAAGGAGAAAAAGGAAAAGAAGAGGAAGCACAGGGACGAGGAUGCACAAGACGAGGAAGAAGUGGUUUCGGAAAAGAAGAAGAAAAAGUCAAAGAAGCACAAGGAGGAGGUUGCCGAGGAGAGCGACUGA